AUGGAAGGAAAUGGACCUACAGGCUUGAUGGUGAUUCCAGAAUUCUAUGCACUCAAGCUGCAUCUUGCCAAUUGGGUAAAAGACCUUCAAGUUGGAAAUGCACUUCUACCCAUGAUUGUGUUGAUGCAAGACCGUUUCUAUGAGCAAGCCUUUGGGCCUCAUCACUUCCACACAAUCCGCGCUGGUAUGCUCUUGCAAGAGAAAUUCACAAAGCGUCAGAAAGAGAUUGGCUCGCCUCAGGCAACUGAAAUACCAGCAGCAACCUCUGACUCAAAUUCAACUACCUCAGCAAAGGCGAGCUCAGACGUCAACAUCUUUCAGCUAUUCAAAGCUCAAGAGCCCCAGGCACAGGUAGAUGAAAUGGCUGAUUACCUGCAGGGAACACAUCCAAUGUUGGCUAAGGAUGAUACUAGGGAAUGCAAGGCCAUAAUACCAUGGUGGAGUAUUCACGGAAAAUCACAUGAUCACUGUACACCGUGUACAUGGAUUGCGCAGCUCAAUCGACUGUACAGCGCUGUAGUACACCCCAUCCCGUGUACACCUUCUCCCAGACGUGUGUGGCGUGUGCCACGACUUUAUUGUCUGUACACCCAUCAAAACGGGCUGAGCCGUCAGCGACUCAGCCGUUCCCAAAACCUCGAAACAAUGUUUUUGGCUGAAAUCGUUGCAAACGGCCGUUUCACACAUCGUCUUCACCCAUUCUCAAUCAUCACACCAGCUCCAAAGGUCCGGAUAGGUGUGCUGGUCAAAUUAUCACAAUCAUCCGACCAAUUUUCACAGAUCCUAACGCACCACACGAAAUUACUUUCAUCACCACAAAAACCUCAUCCACAGGAGUCAGCUAAACCAAUUGAUCAAAUCAAAGCAGUAUUUGAUCUAGAACAAUUACUCAAAGGUCUUAUUGAUUGA